CAGUCAGUGUCAUUCAGUUCUUGACAUUACUGUAUCAUCUGUGUGAGCCUUUCGGAGUAAUUAUAUAACUCGUAAUAUCCCUUGCCCAGUUAAUUAUGGCUGCAAAAAGGAUUGUAAAAAGCUCAAUUAAUUGGGCUCAGCUUGCAGAAAGGGUACCGGAGCAUCAGCGUUCAACAUACCAGGCCUUUAAGGCUAAAUCUGAUGGAUAUUUAAGAAAAGUGCUAGCUUACCCAGAAAACCCACCAACCAUUGAUUGGUCUCAUUACAAGGCUAAAGUUCCUGUAGCAGGAAUGGUCGAUGAUUUCCAGAAACAAUAUAGUGCAUUGAAAAUUCCUUACCCACCAGAUACUGUGUCUUCUCAAAUUGAUGCGUUGGAAAAAGAAAUCAGAGCAGAUAUCGAGGCUUUCAAUAAAGAAUCUAAUGAAGAUAUUGCAAAGUACAAAAAAGAAUUGGAUCACUUGAACAGCCUCCUUCCUUACAGUGAAAUGACAAUGGAAGAUUUCAAGGAUGCUCAUCCAGAUAUAGCUCUGGAUCCAGUCAAUAGGCCAACUUUCUGGCCUCAUGAUGGUACUGAUGAUUUAGAAAAUGAGAGGAGAAUUGGAAGUGAUCACUAGAUACAUAUGAUGAAUUAGUUGUGAUCAAUAUGAAUAUUGAAUAAAUGUAGAUGUGGAA